AUGUCGAAUUUCGACUCAGAUUUCCCACCUCUUGAAGAUUUUCCCCCUUCUUCAAAUACAAACUUGGAAUCUGACCCCACUGCUGACUUUUUAGCAAGAGAACAAGCGGUCCUAGGCGAGGAUGCAGCUUUAUUCUCAAACACUACCAAUCAUACUAUUAUAUCUACAACAAACAAUGAACUUGAAGGAUUCCCCGAUAUUACCUCAACAUCGACAAGCAACGCAUUGAAUCCUCCUGUCAGCAACUCCUCUAAUGUUAAUUCAGUUUCUGAUUAUGACGCUUUUCAUUCAGAGUUCCCACCAGUAGAGAUCGAGAGUAGUACUCAGGUAUUGUACAACAAUAGCAAUGGCGAUAUUCCACUUUCAUUAUCAUCGGAUAAUAUUGAAGAGGAAGAACCAGAAAUUAUUCGACAAUGGAGAGAGCAACAAAGGGAGAUUAUUGCCCAGCGCGACGAAACAUCCGAAGCAAAAAAGCGAGAAACACUGUCUAUUGCACGUGAUGCAAUCGACAAAUUUUACGAAGAAUAUAAUGAAAAGAAGGGUCGUACACAUGAACAAAACAAGCAAGAUGAGGAAGAGUUCUUGCGUGAAAGAGAUGAUCUUACUUCUGGUACAUCUUGGCAGCGUAUCUGUAAACAGGUCGAUCUUUCAACUGCUCAAAGUAAGACAACUAAUAAACACACCAAGGAUGUGAGCAGAUUCAAAGAGAUGCUUUUGAGUUUGAAAAAAGAUGAAAAUGCUCCUGGUGCUGGUGGUUAUUAG